AUGUCUCUGCAAAGUAGAGCGUUACAAGUUUUAAGCUCGGGCUUCAAGAGUGAGGGCUUCAAGAGUGGGGGGUUCAAGAGUGAGGGCUUCAAGAGUGGGGGGUUCAAGAGUGAGGGGUUCAAGAGUGAGGGGUUCAAGAGUGGGGGGUUCAAGAGUGGGGGGUUCAAGAGUGAGGGGUUCAAGAGUGGGGGGUUCAAGAGUGGGGGGUUCAAGAGUGGGGGGUUCAAGAGUGAGGGGUUCAAGAGUGGGGGGUUCAAGAGUGAGGGCUUCAAGAGUGGGGGGUUCAAGAGUGGGGGGUUCAAGAGUGAGGGGUUCAAGAGUGAGGGGUUCAAGAGUGAGGGGUUCAAGAGUGAGGGGUUCAAGAGUGAGGGGUUCAAGAGUGAGGGGUUCAAGAGUGAGGGGUUCAAGAGUGAGGGGUUCAAGAGCCCAACUUCAAUGCUGCCCGCUGAGCUCUGA